AAAAUGCAGUCGUGGACAUAUCCACGACAUCUCUGUACAGCCUAAAAUGGUUGCCAGCAGCGUGCUCUCACCUUCGUCUCUGUGCCCUAGCAUUUCUACUAGUUGUGACUAUCAAGUUCCAAAUCGGUUGUCGUUUCCUUACGGUUCAAACUAUGGGCUUGCUGGAGGAAGUAGAGAGCUUAAGGUUGGUCAAUUGAAGGCUAGCUUUUGGGACUCCAUCAGAGCUGGGUUAUUGAAGAAAAACACGGCACAGGUAAUUGAACCACCUCCAACACUCCAAGAAGAGGAAGAAACCUUGCCCCAAGAGUUUGUUCUAGUUGAAAGGACUGAACCAGACGGAGCAAUUCAACAAAUUAUUUUUUCUUCUGGUGGAGAUGUUGAUAUAUAUGAUCUUCAAGCCCUAUGUGAUAAGGUGGGUUGGCCUCGGAGACCAUUGUCAAAGCUAGCUGCUGCUUUAAAAAAUAGUUACAUGGUAGCCACAUUACAUUCUGUAAGGAAAUCUGAAGGAGGAGAGGAGAUUGACCAGAAGAAGCUUAUUGGCUUGGCUCGUGCUACAUCAGAUCAUGCCUUCAAUGCCACAAUUUGGGAUGUCCUUGUUGAUCCUUCCUAUCAGGGCCAAGGUCUUGGAAAAGCCCUUAUUGAAAAGCUUAUAAGGGCUCUUCUGCAGAGGGAUAUUGGCAACAUAACACUUUUUGCAGAUAGUCAAGGCAAUAAAUCAAAUAAAGGUGCCUCACCCAAGUCUCUGGUGUUUGCAAUGUAAUCUUGUUAUACUAUGUUACUAACUUGUAGAAAGUCACAUUUUAAGUUAAGAUUUGAUUUUGGAUUUCAAAUUUCAUGAUGCCAACAAACUUUCUUCUUCUUCCUUGGAUUUUAUCCUGUUUUGAAAUUAUGAUCUUGUAGUUACUUUUGACUUUGGCAAUGGCAUGCUGAUUGGUAACGAGCUAGAAUUUGAUGUUGAGAUUUUAUUGUAUUUUGUUAAUCCAUGGUUGCAGUUGUGGAGUUUUAUAGGAAUUUAGGUUUUGAACCUGAUCCAGAAGGCAUUAAGGGUAUGUUCUGGCACCCAAGGUAACAACUCAAACAAGGGGAAAAUUGUGCUUUUGUUACAUUGGUACAUCUUUGAAACUUUAGAAGAGAUGAGGAACCUUGGUGGUGGUUGGUGGAUGAUCUGAUGCACUUCUUUAGAAGAGAUGUGGAACCUUGGUGGUGGCUGGUGGAUGAUCCGAUGCACUUUGUAUACAUGUGCUAUUUAUGUAUCGUGUUUUUAGCUUAGUAAAAUCUCAAACGCUUGAAGUCAAGACUCGUAAUUAUUUUAUGUUGCAUGCUUCCUGCUUAUAAAAUUAUAAUUGUUUACUGGGACAGUA